AUGCUUGAUCCCCUUAGGCAAGCGGAAAUCAGGCGUUUUGUUGCUAUAAAUAAAUUGUGUUUCAUUGGUCUCCUUGAGACCAAAGUGCCUGAGGAUCUUUUUGAAUCGGUCUCGUCCACCCUUAUUAGGGGUUGGUAUUGGAUUUCGAAUUAUGAGUUUUCGCAUCGUGGGAGGAUCUGGGUUGGCUGGAAUCCUGAGUUAGUCUCCUACUCUGCUAUUUCCAUUAGUGUUCAAGCGGUGCAUGGCACACUGAAGUUUAAUAGUUUGGGGUUAAGUUGCUGUCUAUCUGCUGUUUACAGGGAGCACACGUUUGCCCGCCGACGCCCUCUAUGGGAAGACCUUUGCCAUUAUAGUGAUAUUUUCCAGAAUUCUCCGUGGUUGGUCGUUGGCGAUUUUAAUGCAAUUAAAGAUCCUUCCGAUCGCAUUGGCUGUUCUACCAACUGGAUUUCCUACUUUGAUGAAUUUCCCCAAUGCUUGGCCCGUGCGGAACUUGUGGACCUCAGAUAUGUUGGGUGCCGUUUCACUUGGUCCACCUCAUCCGGUGACGCGAGGAAAAUGAGGAAGAUCGAUCGCAUUCUCGUCAACGGUGAGUGGAAUCUUCAAUUCUCUUACUCAGAGGCCAAUUUCCUUAAUCCAAGGAUAUCGGAUCAUUGUCCUAUGACUGUUAGAGUUUUGCAGCCCUCAUAUAAGAGGAAGCCUUUUAAAUUCUUCGACUUUUGGACUCACCACCCAAAGUUUAAGGCCAUUGUCCAGCAGGCAUGGGAUAGUCCGGUUGCAGGCGUAUCCAUGUACCAACUUGUAUCGAAGCUUAAGAGAGUAAAGGCACGGCUUAGAUCUCUUAACCGUGAGGCUUUCUCCGACAUUUCAGUCAAGGUUGCUGAGGCUAGAGACGCUCUGAGAACUGCUAAGCUAGAGCUCCAGUUGAACCUAGCAAGCUCGAUUCUUACUCAAGAAGAAAGGGAGUGUCGCCGUGUAUUUGUUGAUCUCAGAUCUCAGGAAGAAUCCUUCUAUAGAUAG